GGACAUCUGAGACCUGAACGUUUCACUUGUUGCUUCCCACCUCUCUCUUUCACUGACAAGGGAUUCCAGGAGGGCAAUGGAGCGGUCCACCUUGGCCUGCACAUUCUUCAAGUCUGUCUGUAGGGCCUUCGCUUGUGAGCUAUAAAGCAAAACAAAAAUAAGCAUAAAAAAAAUGCAGAGAUCAAAAGAUGGAUCGGACAACAAACAGAUCAGACAUGACAACUGAGUGGAGACUUGCAAUAAAGAGAUCUGGGUACGGGACAACCCCAGUCGCCCCUCAAGGUACCUGAAGGGGUCUGCUCAGAGCUCUGAGCGGGCCGUCAUGCAUAUGGACUUCCCCGACAGGCCUCAACGAAAUUAUAGGAAGAGGGCGCACCCUGAUGAUGUUGAGGCUGAGAAUGUCCCUCCUUCACCAAAGCGGAUUGCUCCCUGCCCCAACGUCCCAUUCGAAGUGUGGCAGAGGAGGAGCCUCAAUGCCAGACCACCAGGGGGGCACUAUUCGAAAGCCCAAGGCAGCAAGUACGGCAUGAAGCUGAUUGAAAAAUCAGGAUUAGUCCUACAACAGUCACUAGUUCCAAACCACGUUCGGGCUGACCUCCCACAUCCCCAGACAGUGUUGUAUUCCCCUGAUAAAAUUUCAAUGAUAUGGGGAACGGGAGGCACAGGUGUUGGCCUGAAGAACGGUGGCAACACAUGCUACCUGAAUUCAGUUCUGCAGGUUCUAUUUCAUAUACCAGCUGUAGUGCAGAUGCUUGAAGAGGAACUUCAACCCCAUUGCCUAUGCACAUUAUGCCUGUUAUGUGUCAUAAGAAGCCAACUACAAAACAGUGGUAGCACAGUCGAGCCACAUGGGCUCAUUGACCAAAUUGACAAUAUAUUUGGGCGUGCAGUGAAAGGAAAACAAGAGGACCCUCACGAAUUCCUCAGGCGGCUGGGCGAGAAAAUUGAAAUAGACUUCCUGCAACAUCGUGGCCUCAGAUCCUCUGAUUUGGAUCAGGCCUCUGCUGAGACCACCGCAUGGCAUCAGAUAUUUGGUGGCUAUAUGAAAUAUACUGUGACGUGUAGUAAAUGUAAAUCUGAUUCCGAAACGGUGCAGCAUUUCCAAGACUUGAGAGUUCCGGUAGUACAGUUUAAAACACUCCAAGGAGCAGUGAACAGCCUCUUCAAAGCAGAAAUUUUAGAGGAUUACAUGUGUUCCUGUAAUAAUAAAAAGAAAAGAACGUGUAAACAGACUAUAUCAAUAGAAAAAGCACCAAUAGUUUUGACCAUACAACUAAAAAGAUUUGAUAAUGAAGGAAAUAAAGUUCUUACUGAAGUUUCCAUACCUAAGCAGCUUGAGUUACAUUCCAAAUUUCCGUACAGGCUAUCAGGCAUAGUCCAUCACCUCGGGGAAAAUAUUAACACAGGGCACUACAAAGCAGUCGUGAAGUGUUCAACUCUUGGUUUCUUCAGUUUCGAUGAUCAAAAUGUUGAAAGAGUAACAUGGAAAAGUGCUUCUACAGUCCCUUCACCUUACCUUAUAUUUUAUAUCUUAGACCAAAAGUAGUGAAACACAUUGAAUAUGUAUCUUAGGUUUCUUUUCAAAACUCUUGUUUAAUAUCAGAGUAUUUUAUGUAUUAUUAGGAAUAAUAACCCAAAGGACAUGUAUAUUAAUUACAGUUUUGUCUGUGAUACUAAUGAUAACUUGAUCUUGCAGCAGUACAUAUUAUAUCAAAAUAAAGUUUUAACUGUGAUACA